UGAAUCUGCCAAGACCUGGUAUAAGUACUGAGCUCUCGCAUGUGCGCGAUCCAUUCUCGUCGCGGUCGUGCGUUGUCAACUCUUGCGCAUAGCCAUGUCCUCCGAGGCUGCUACUCUUGAACUACUGAACAGGAUUCGGGUGACGAAUUUUGUUCUGCCUAUUCUCUCAAUAUGCCUCACAAUAUUCCGUCUCUGGGAGAGAGGGAGUAACCGCCGACUCUGGUGGGAUGAUGCCUGGGCUGCAUUCACCAUGGUCGGCGUACUCAUUGUCAUGGUCAUGUUUGAAUUGUUCCUUCAGGAGCACAUCGAGAAUCCAAACAAGUACCCUCAGCACCUCAAAAUUGCGAUCUACUAUCUAUGUGCAGAGGGAUUCUACGUCGUCGUGUGGAGCUCACGGAUGACCAUCCUGUUCACAAUCAUGCGUGUCGCCACCAUGAGGAAAUUCCGGUUGCUCCUCAGGGGCGUCGCGAUCGUAUUUGCGAUGACCUUUGUGAUCCUUUUCGCUCAGGUAUUCUGGGUCUGCGAACGGGAACCAGGCUGGAAAGACCUCGCCUCUCCCCAGUGCGAACUGGGGGACGAUGUGGCAGUCGCACAAAUUACCACCGACAUAAUCGCCGACGCGUUCUUGAUUAUUGCCCCUGUGCGACUCGUGUGGGGGGUCAAACUCUCAUGGACUCAGAAGAUGCGCAUCAUUGCCAUCUUCUCGUCCUCCUUCAUCACUACCGCCGUCAGUCUCUACCACGCGUCGACUGUGCUGCGAGGUGGCGGUCUCCCCGAAGCUCUGGGCGCGGUCAUAGAGCCCUCAGUCACCUUGAUCGUGGCGAAUUUGAACGUCGUGGUGGCCUUCAUCUUCCGCUUCGGCGCAGAGGACAGACAAGCGACGGCAGCGUCUCGCGGCACGCGGGACAUCGUCACAAUCGGCAGUGGUGACCCUCGUUCCAAGCGGAACAGGUAUGGCGGCAACAUGAUGGGCGCCAUAUCGGUGACUACGGAGUGGGAACACGAUGGGUUGCCGCCGCCGACUACCAUCAUGCUCGACCAUCUGGACGGUGACAACAUCACCAAGAAGGCAUCGGGUGAUGUCGCUGAUGAGAGCUUGGAUUCGGUUCAGAAGGUUGUGUCGUGGCACGCUGGCUCAGACUAGGGUACAUAUCGAUGUACAGGCCAUUCUUUUGAUUUCACUGGCUGUCUGGGAUAGUCAAUUCGAAUGAGUUUAGAAAUGUGCACAAUGGACUUUGCACAGUAUCAGGGAUAACGCAUUGAACGGGCUAUCAUUUGAGAUUCGGCACCGAG